CUGCCACAUGAUCCUGUUUGUAAUUGUGAUGCAGUGGUUGCUUCACUGGAGGCUUUGCAAAGAAUGGAGCCUUCCCAACUGGAAUAUGUGAGGCGCCGCAGGUGUGACAGUGCAGUCACAGGAAGGCACACAGAUCACAGAACUGUGCACCUCACUCCUCCACCAGACUCAUUGCUGUGACUGACACCAUGUCCACAGAGCAUAAAAACGUAACACAGACCCCUCUGCUGAAGAUCUUGGUGCUGUGGAUGGGAUGUAACUUGAACCAUGGGAAGGGAUCGUCUGUGCCGCAGUUCUGUAACUCCCCAACAGUGAUUGUGAUGGUAGGAUUGCCUGCCCGAGGGAAGACAUACAUCUCCAAGAAGCUCACUCGCUACCUAAACUGGAUUGGCGUUCCAACAAAAGUUUUUAAUGUAGGCCAGUACCGCAGAGAGGCAGUCAAGACCUACAAGAACUUUGAGUUCUUUAAAUCUGACAACGAGGAGGCCAUGAGGAUCCGCAAGGCCUGCGCUUCAGCUGCUCUCAAAGAUGUUGCUGCCUACUUCACAAAAGAACAUGGACAAGUAGCUGUGUUUGAUGCCACUAACACCACAAGGGAGAGGAGGGCUGUUAUUAAUAGUUUUGCAAAAGAAAGAGGCUAUAAGGUGUUCUUCAUAGAGUCAAUCUGUGAUGACCCAGAAAUAAUUACAGAGAAUAUCAAGCAAGUAAAAUUUGGCAGCCCAGAUUACAUUGAUCGGGAUAUAGAAGAGGCAAUGACAGACUUUGUCCAGCGAAUUGAGUGCUAUAAGGCAAGCUACACAUCUAUAGAUGAUGAGAAGGACAGGAAACUCUCCUACAUAAAGAUCUUUGAUGUGGGAAGUAGAUACCUGGUGAACCAAGUGCAGGAUCACAUUCAGAGCAGGAUUGUCUACUACCUCAUGAACAUCCACGUCACACCAAGAUCCAUUUAUCUGAGCCGCCAUGGCGAGAGUGAACUCAACCUUUUAGGUCGCAUAGGUGGGGAUUCAGGCUUAUCACCAAGAGGACUAAAGUACGCUGAUGCUUUAGCUGUCUUUAUCAGAGGCCAGCAAAUCAAAGACCUGAAAGUGUGGACAAGCCACAUGAAGAGGACGAUUCAGACUGCAGAGGCUCUGGGAGUCCAGUAUGAACAGUGGAAAGCUCUCAAUGAGAUAGAUGCUGGUGUAUGUGAGGAGCUAACUUAUGAGGAGAUUCAAGAGAAUUUUCCUGAAGAGUUUGCAAUAAGAGACCAGGAGAAGUAUCGUUACCGCUACCCUAAGGGAGAGUCCUAUGAGGAUCUUGUUCAUCGUCUGGAGCCAGUCAUCAUGGAGCUGGAGAGGCAGGAAAAUGUCCUGGUUAUCUGCCACCAAGCCAUAAUGCGCUGCCUGAUUGCUUACUUUCUUGACAAACCUGCAGAUGAACUGCCUUAUCUUAGAUGUCCCCUUCACACGGUGCUUAAACUCACACCAGUAGCCUAUGGAUGUAAAGUUGAGUCAUUUUUCCUCAAUAUUGAAGCUGUCAACACACACAGAGAGAAGCCAACGAACAUCACCAUCAGCAGAAAGUCAGAUGAAGCUCUUCAGACUGUCCCUAAGCACAACUGAAGACAUCUCUGGGAGAAGUGGGCUACAGCUUUAUUGAACUGCAAGCAUGCAGGCCUAUUACUGCUAAUAGGUCUCAAUAGAUCUUAGAGUUGAGUUAAAUGUUUUAUGAGUAUGAACAGUGAAGAAAUGGAUCAUCACAGAAGAACUGAAAGAGACUGAACACUAAUACAGAGUCAAAUGGGCCGUCAUUCCAAUACCUGAUUAUUACAAAACCUACAACUAUAAAAUGUUUCUAUGUCUUCUCUGUCUGGAUGAGGUUCUUGAUUGUCUUGGAUGCAUCACAAAUAGGUUGUCAACUGAUUUAGAGAAACCUACCCUCUGUGGAGAUUUAAAUAGCAGAGAAAUAUAGUUCAUGUCCAUUCGACUACAAUUAGGAAUCAGCACCAUGGACAGCACCACAACAAACAAGACAUCUUUUGUUUAGUUAUACAUCUCUCUGAUUAAAUGACAAAAAGCAGGUCGGUUUGAACUGAAACAUACAUAAACAUAUGCAAAACGGAAAUGAAAUAAAGCCUUUUUUUGAAGUACUUGUUUUAAUUUACUAACAUGCAGUUCCUCGGAAAAGUGUUAUUACUCUGAAUUAUUUUACAUUUUGUCACGUUAAAACCACAAACUUUAAUAAAAUUUAUUCAGAUAUUA